UUAAGUCAAUUUGACCCGCGGGACAAAAAUUCAGCAAAAAAAUUCACAGAAUUUCUGAAAAUUUGUAAAACUUUCAGGAAAAAAAUUCAAAUAAUUCCUUUAAAGUUUCCCUUAAAAGUUUGAAAAUAUGAAAAUAUGCAUUUUUCCCACAUUGUCAAAUGGAAAACAGGUCAGUUUUGAUCUGCAGGACAACAUGAGGUUCAAGAGCUUGCACACUGACAGUCCAUGCCUCUCUCUGCUCUGCCAUUCCAGCCCUACCCCUCAUUUGACCCUUGCACAAUGGCGUUCCUGCAGCGGAUGCGUUCCCCUCGUUUCUCCUUCAUCCAGACGGUCGUGUCCCUCCUGCUGAGCACCGUGGCCCUCAUGUCCUCCUACUGGUGCGUGGGGAAGCAGAAGGUGCCCAAGCCGCUCUGCUCGCCCACCAAACACAGCAACUGCAUCCCAGUUCCCGGCAUGUCCAACUCCUCCAAGAUCCAGUUCUUCUGGGAGACCGGAGACGACCGCUUCGUCUUCCCCACCUUUCACACCGGCCUGUUCAUCACCUGCGAGGAGAACAUCUACACAGACGAAUGGGAGGAGAAGUGCCGGGGAUUUUACACUUUGACUCCACGGUGUGAAAAAGCAAUGAUGUGGCUUUCGCUGUCACUGGAGCUCACGUACAUCGGGCUGCUGUUGAUCAGCUGCGUGCUGCUGUCCGUCCAGUUGUGUAUCAGGGCCUGGUUUCCCUCUACGCAGCGCUGGGGGCAGAUGCUCAACGCUUUUGCAGCUGUUUUUACCGUCCUGGGAGGUCUGCUCGGGAUGGUAGGUCACAUGAUGUUCAUGCAGGUGUUUCAGACCACCGCCUCAAUGGGGCCAGAAGAUUUUAAGCCUCACAGCUAUGGCUACUCCUGGGCUUUCUACGUGGCCUGGUUUGGCUUCACCCUCUGCAUGGCGGCCGGCGUCUCCACCCUGAACAACUACACCAAGAAGGUCCUGAUGGUGGGCCCCAGGCGUAACUCCGGGCUCAACCCCUGCAGCUUUAACUUCAUGGGCCUCCUGCCGCCGGCUCCUCAUUACACCCCUCCAACCCCAGGUGUCACCCUGGUGCCUCCCCUGUCCCCCCCGCGGAUCUCCCAUUUGUCCCCGUACUACGAGCCCCCCGCAGCAGAGCUAAAGCCCUCCACUCCAAAGCUCACGCACUCCCACUCCCUUCCUCUCCCCCACUCCGACUCCUUCCCCCCUCCGCCCUCCCAUCAUGCACCUGCAUCGCCGUUCCACCGUCUCUCCCUGCCGUCUCCCUCGCCCACGCCGUCGGCCUCCGUCUAUAUGACCCUGCCGCCACACCAGGAGAAUCAUUACGAGAGAGAAGAGGAUUACAGCCCGCUCUGAACUGUUCAUUAAGGCUGGAGGCUGUUAGCAGAUAUGCAUCAAUCUGAGCAAACUGGUUUGACCCUCUUAACGUCAUAACCCACUGACCAGUUUAAGAGGCCUGUUUUCUCUUGAAUAAUAGCCAAAAUUGCAUAGUUUACAGGAAAAACUCCUCGGAUUUUCCACUAACAACAUGGGUGACAUGCUGUUCCAUCAAGAGAACUAAUCAAAGUUCGGCCUAGCAGACAGAAGAUGACAAGAGGGAGGAAAAAAUAUAUUGGAUCAAUAUGAUUUUAAAAACUGCAUAAAGAGGUACAAGUUGUCAGUAAAGAUAAAUGAAGAAUUGCUUUUUUUUCCCCCUCAGUUUUUAAAAAAUGUUAAUUAAACUUCAACUUUUCUCUUUCUUGAUUUGGGUCAGUGUAUAAUUGCAGGACUUUUUGUAACAUAGUUAACAGGUAUCAUAGUUUCGCUGGAUUUUGGUUGAUUUUUAUGUGAAUGUCCUUCAGAAAGCUUUUUCAAAUUUCCUUUCUUCCACCAAAAAAUGUUCAAAGAAAAUUCCAAUAAUUCCUUAAAAGUUUUAUUUUAGAAAAAUCCCCCAAAUUUGGCAAGAAGAUUCUUGUAAAUAUUUUCCAAAAAUUUGUAAAAAUCUUCCAAAAAAAUCCUAAAAAUAUCUAAAGUCCUAUCCUUUAAGAACAUUCACAAAAAAAUCAACCAUAAUCCAGUGAAUUUUGCUGAAUUUUGGUAGAUUUUUUUGUGAAUGUUCUUAAGAAACCUUUUUUUAAUUUCUUUUCUCGAACCAAAAAAUGUUCAAAGAUUUCCCAAAAAUGUUGAAAAUGUGCACAUCAGAAGUUUCACCGUGAAAAUGUAUGUAUUUUUCCA